AUGAUUGCAUGUAAAAUCGAAACAGAUGGGCAAUCAUAUUUAGUUCCGGAUAAUGUAGUUCUUGAAAGUUAUGAUCAAUUAAAUGAAUUCACAAUUUUUGAAAUACCCGGAGAAAAUAAACAGCAUGAACAAAAGUUAAUUAUUGCUAUAGUUAAUUAUGUUUUUGAUGGAAAAAUUUUUGGAGAGCCUUAUCUGUCUUUUUUGUUCAGAGAUAUGAAAUAUGAUAAGUUAUGUUUUGAUUUGAUGAGGGAUGGAGCUUUUCUUCUUCCAAGACAUUUUUGCAAUAUAAAUUAUGAUUUUAAAAUUAUUUUGCUAAAUUUUGAUGGAUUUCCCCUUUAUUCUUUACAAAAUUCUGAUGGAAAUGUUUAUUGUUCACAGACUAACAAGCAUUAUAACCCUACAGCGAUGCGACCUUUUUCUAAUAGCUAUGUGGACAAGUAA